AUGCCUUUGAGGACCGGACUUUUUCUUCUAAUGGUGCUGAUCGCAUCUGCAUAUGAACUGGAUCAGAACGAGUCGUAUUCACCCAGAAGAGCUCGCUUUUCAGCAAAUACCCCUUGUAAGUAACAAACAGUCUCUUUUACAAUAUUGCAUAUUUUUGAGUGGAUGCGGUGUCUCAUGCACAUAUUUGUAUUCUAUAUUACCUUGUAUGCACUGCACAGUAUGGGGGGAAAUGUUUGCCAUUACAUGAUAUGCAGCUCUGUUUCCAAGUGAACGAACGCCUUGAUCUACAGAAUACUGAAUAGCUCGAACAAGGCUAGGUUACUCACCGUUACCGGUGUUUUACCGGCAACAGAUGAGUGCGAGUUUCGCGGUGACUGACACCUGUGUUGAAAGCUAUAUACCACCAUGAGAUGUUGAAUAAAUGUUCUAUGAACAAAUGUCUUUGAAUUGAUGGUCGUGUGGGUUGGUUAAACCCGAUGAGUAACCAGAGGAGAGAACAUGAGAGAGAUUCAUAUUUCUUUUAGGACAGAUAUGGAAAUUAAUUGACGCAGGUGAGUCCACUUGUAUAGUGUGGAUCAAUGCAUCAAUGGUUACUUGGCCACUGUCUUUACUGUAUUAUAAACAAUUGUUUUGCUUAUUGCUUAUAGAUUGUGUCACAUACUCAACAAGUCAUUUUGUUUCAGUGUUGCAAAUGUCAUAAAUUAGUCUACCUGCAAUGUUGCUUUACGCACUGUUUAAGAUUUAUUCCCCACUAAAUAAAUUAUCUACAAGUGUUUGGAAACAACUAUGGACCCAUCACAUUUUAAAUGUAUUGAUAUUCUUCCAAGCGGUCACCAGUGUAAAGUGUUGAUACUAUUGCUGUAGGCUAAAUAAAAACGGGCUUGUGCGUGGUGGCAUAGUCUAGGCUACUGCACCCACCUGUGGCUACUGGCCACCGUCUUGACAGGAUGAAUGAAGCACCUAAUGGCAGAAGAAACUUGAAGGGGAUAGGCCUAUCAAAGUGAAAGCAAAGAGGGUGGAGACACAUAGAGAUAGAUAGAAGACUCAUGUUUGUAUCUGUGCCAUUGUAGCAUCUGUGACAGCAUGGGCAGCGCCAUUGAGGCAAUCUCCAUUUUGAAGUAGUCAAUUUUUUUCUUCAUGAUUGGCUGAUCCCUCCUAAUGGAAGGAUCAGCCAAUUAAGUUGGAAGUCCCACCCAGUUGACUACAUUAAGGGCUGGCUCUAGCCUUUUGGGGGCCCUAAGCGAGAUUUGGAGGGAUCAGCCAAUGAAGUUGGAAGUCACACCCAGUUGACUAAAUUUUUAUGUCCAAUGGUCGAUGAGCACCGAUAUGUUUUAUCUAUAAUUUCUCUUCAUAUGACAAGGAUUGAAAAGGAUUUAAAAGGAUUUGCCGACUUGAUGAAUGAUGAUGACUGCUUGUCUAGCUUGCUAGCUAAGAUUUUGAAGGUAUGAUGUUGACAUGAUCAGUCCAAUCAACGCUACGGUAGAUAUAACGUGGUUUGACGUCAUUUUAUCUGUGGCCAAUGACCUUGAGCCUUCUUGGAUGGGCACUUCUAAUGUCUAUGGCAGCACCCAAGGGGCUUGAUUUUUUUUGCUCUACUCAUCAAUUCUGCUCUGCCCCACCUGCCUUGAAUGACGAGUCGCCACUGUGCAUGAUGCACGUCCCCACCCACUAAUUCCAGCCUGGUCUCAUAGACUAGAUGUAACAUAGUAAAUGUAAAUCCAGGACACUCAAAUUCAUAUGAUAUCACACAGAAGGUUACUUCGGGCAAAAUCAAAAGUAGGGUGGAUGGUCAGGGUGGAUAGGUCGGCAUAUAAUGCAAACUUCUAGCAACCCAAAGGUUGCGUGUUCGAAUCUCAUCACAGACAACUUUAGCUAAUUAGCAACUGCUUAGUAUGUUAGCUAACCUUAACCCUUUAACCUAACUGCUCAAAACAGAGCAGUACACCUUGCCUUUAACUGCACAUACAGAACUAACAUCAACAACAUGCAUGUCAGUCUUUUCUGAUUGAGGGUUGACAAGAAAUGUACUGUUUCUUGUCUAGUUUUUAUGAGAAAUAUUGCUGUGACGAAAAUUCUAGAUUGUCUGCAUAAUCAAAUAACAUUCAGCUCAGACACCCAUACAUACCCCACAAGACAUGCCACCAGGGGUCUCUUCACAGUCCCCAAGUCCAAAACGAAUUCACGGCAAAGCACAGUUUUAUACAGAGCCAUGAUCGCAUGGAACUCGCUUCCAUCUCCAAUACUCAAGCAAACAGCAGAAUUACCUUUAAAAAACAGAUUAAACAACUAACGGAACGGCGGGGACUGUUAGGGGACACACACACAAACACACGCACACACAGACACACGCUAACACACACAUUAUUUUGUUGUUGUAUUAUUUGUAUUCGUUUUUAGUUGUAUUGUUUGUAUAUCAUUGUAUUUUAAAUGUGUGUGACUGUCCUUGUUUAUCAGUGUAUCAGUGUUUUGUUACUAGUCAUGUUUUGUGUUUUUUGUGGACCCCAGGAAGAGUAGCUGCUGCAAAUUUAUUCUCCAAAAAUAACAAAUAACUCCCCCUAACCUUAACCCCUAAUCCUAACCCCUAGCCUAGCUAAUGUUAGCCACUUAGCUAACGUUAGCGUUAGCCACCUAGCUAACGUUAGCCACAACAAAUUGGAAUCCGUAAAAUAUCAGAUGUUUUUCAAAUUCGUAACAUAUUGUACAAAUUGCAAUUCGUAUCAUGUUGUAUGAAUUGCAAUACGUAACAUAUCAUAUGAAUUGUAAUUUGUAACAUACUGUAUCAUACAAAAUGGAGUGUCCCGGAUUUACAUUUACUAUGUAAAGUCAAGGUUGCUCAUUCAGUAGGCUCGCUUUAAGUCCUUUUACAAUGGCUUGCCAACAGAAACUGCCCAUAAAUCCACAAAUUAAUACAUACCAUAUGAAACGUAACAUAUCAUACUAAUUGGAGUGUCCCGGAUUUACAUUUACUAUGUAAAGUCCAGGUUGCUCAUUCAGUAGGCUCGCCUUUUUCAAUGGCUUGUCAACUGAAACUGCCCAUAGUUUUCCAGUGCGAUUCAUAAAGUGAAAAUAAAAUCUUUCAAAGAGGAACGAUGUUGUAUAGCAAUAAAUAAAUUAUAAAUUAUGGCCUAGGUCUACAUUGCAGGGGGCUGUCCAUGUAUUCUGUUUACUGGUAAAUUAGUUGCCAGAGGGAUGGAAUAAAUGCUCAUGAACUCUUUUCAAAAAUGUGUAUAUGAGAUGGUUUUCUAUAGCCUACAUUCUCAGAAAGUCAGUUGGAUUAACAGGCCCAUAAAAUGAGCAGAGCAGUUAGCGGCCUAUGUUAGGAGAUAAGGGAAUGAAUGAGGUGUUAUCUAGUUGUGGUCUAGGUGGUCAUUAAGCUCUUAUUGUUAUUUCAGUUAAACCAAUGCAGAGGUUACAUCAGACUAAGUAUCUGCAGCAUGGGCCUCCUUGGUCCUACCAAUAAGAGAUACCGAAGGGGUGUGCAUCUUUAGAAAUGUAAUUUCUAUAUUUCUAUGCGUGCAUCCACAGAAUGUGGAAAUUAUCUAACGACCUGAGAGAAACACGGUGGUGGGAAAGUUUGAUUAGUGAUUAGAGUGUUGCACCACUUAGAGAUCACUUAUAUCUGAUUGACAGCCAUAGCAAUUCAUUGCUGAUUUGCUAGUUAAUUACAGGGUGGGCUCGGCUGGAAAAGGUUCAAUGAAUGAGAGUGCAUCCAUUUGUGGUACAUAGUACAUCAGCUCACUGUCACAAUUGCUGUAUGCUUACCAUGAACUUGUCCCAGUCUUACUAAAUGGCCAUUAGAGGCAUUCAUUGGAAGAAAUUUGGGGGUUUUCUGGUUACUUUAGAUCUUUGCCUCGUCAGUAAUUUACACAGCUGUGUAUAUCAGCUUGCUCUUUAAUAUUAAGUCUGAGGCAAUAUUUAUGUGACACAUAUUUUUAUGAGGAAUGGGGCAGUGACCCAUGCAGGCCAGGGUACAUGACUGUACUGUUAAGUGUGCACAGUUCAUGGUGAUGAGUGUCAGAGGUGGUUUGGCACACCUUCCAAUUGAGCAUAAUAUUAUUGUCUUGUCACAUGUGAGGGUAAUGGAAACAAGGGGUCUGGUGCCAAAAGUGAAAGUCAGCAGAACCUGAUCCUGAAUAAGCAACACUAGCACCAGUGUGUGUGUGUGUGUGUGUGUGUGUGUGUGACAUGCCAUGACUCCCCAGGAGACCUUUGGGUAUUUUUGGUGCAGUUGGUCACAAGUCUGUUCCAAGAACCAAAAUGCUGGAAUAUCCAUAAAAUUCCCAGGAAGAGGAAAUGUAAUUAUCCUAAAUUGUGUCCCAGUCUUAAAGGGUUUGACGUGUCCAGUGACCAGUCAAGUUGUAAUUUGUCUGAAUAUUGAUGACCUCGGCAUAGAAUCAACUAUGCAUGUAAAUUCUCAUCAGAUCACUUCCUUGUUUGGUUCACAACCAAUACAGACGGAUUAUCUUUCAAUUCUUGUUGAGGGGUAUAUGAUAGCCUGCCCCCUGCUAAUGGUCCCGUCCCUCUCUGUGUCUACAGCUGACGUGGCACGCUGUCUGAAUAGUGCCCUCCAAGUAGGCUGUGGAGCUUUCGCCUGUCUGGAGAACUCCACGUGUGACACAGAUGGCAUGCACGACAUCUGCAAGUCCUUUCUGUAUAGUGCAGCUAAAUUUGACACACAGGUAUGAUCAUUCUUCCUCUCUUUUCAAAUCUGACACAAUAUGUUGCAGUAGAUUAAACCUGUUAACUGAAGUUGAGUCAUGUUCUGUGAUAUGACAGUGAUAUGUGGUUUUGUGCAGGGAAAAGCCUUUGUGAAAGAGAGCCUCAAGUGCAUUGCCAAUGGCAUCACCUCAAAGGUGUUCCUCACCAUCCGCCGCUGCUCCACCUUCCAAAGAAUGAUCUCAGAGGUUCAGGAGGAGUGCUACAGCAAGCUGGAUAUCUGCACUAUCGCCCGCAUCAAUCCAGAUGCCAUCGGAGAGGUGGCACAGCUCCCAAGCCACUUCCCCAACAGGUGAGUUCCUAGAAAACCUGGGUCAAAGGGCUUCCAUUUCUGUUUAAAUGUAUCUUUGUACAACAAAAGCUAUGUAUUUGAUACACUCACUCUAUUGAAGCAAAUACGUUUCAAUGGGUUCCCAAAACAUACUUUGAAAUUGUACAGCAACAAAAAUGCAUGCUGCAUCCUCUUGUAGGUUUUACGGUAAGCUCCUCCAGAGCCUGAUGGACUGUGAUGAGGAGACUGUGGACCUGGUGAGGGCCAGUAUGGUGUCCAGGCUUGGCCCAGAGAUGACCAUCCUCUUCCAGCUGCUGCAGAACAAGCCCUGCCCCUCGGCUGCUGCUGUUGCUGCUGCCGUUCCAACUGGAGUGGAGGGCCAUGGGAGCUUGCAGUGGUCCAUGGGUCCACACAUGUAUAAGAUCCAGCCUGGUCUACGCAACAGAGACUCUGCCAGCCAUUUAGGCAAGAAGCGUGCCACUAGUGACAGCUCCUAA